UCGAAACCUUUCCCUUCUCUACCUUCAACCAAAAUCAAAUUGAAACGGAAGAAAUUGGAAUCCCUCUUCUGUACCCUACUCUCUCGCUCCCUUCCGAUUUCCUCGAGCGCUAAUCUGGCAGCGAAUAGCAGCGAAUGCUGCGGCCGUAGCGAGAUCUGUAGCAACCAGUGCGCCUUCGCCGUCGGCGGCGGCUGCGGGCAUGGCGGUCCAGAACGGCGGCGGCGAUGGCAGCGGCAGCGGCGCGGCGUCGGUGGUCGUCAACGUGUACGACCUGACGCCCAUGAACAAUUACCUCUACUGGUUCGGCCUCGGCAUAUUCCACUCCGGAAUCGAAGUCCAUGGCGUGGAGUAUGGAUUUGGAGCACAUGAGUUCCCAACGAGUGGGGUGUUUGAGGUGGAACCAAAGAACUGCCCUGGCUUCGUCUAUAGAAGGUCUGUUCGGAUGGGCACAACUGGGAUGUCCAGGGCAGAGUUCCGCUCGUUCAUUGAAAAACUCACUGGGAAGUACAAUGGUAAUUCAUAUCACUUGAUUUCAAAGAAUUGCAACCAUUUUACAGAUGAUGUGAGUAAGAACUUAACUGGAAAACCAAUCCCUGGAUGGGUGAAUCGACUAGCAAGAGUGGGUUCCUUUUUCAACUACCUUCUGCCAAAAAGCAUCCAAGUUUCUGCAGUUAGACACGUCCCAACACAUCCUGCAUUUUCUGAUGAUGAUAUGGAUUCAAGAUCUUGUUCUAUUAGUGGGGACAGUGAUGUGGAUGAGCUGGACCAACACCUGCUGUCAGCAACAACCAUCGAGCUUCAUUCUAUAGAACACCAAAGCUAGCCAAAAAUGAUAUCUGACAUCGGCAAACUUUUGUGUUCCGUGGCAGCGACAGUUGAAGACUUCAAUUCCUGUAUCUAGCAUCGAAGCGCUUCUCUCGUGCUCCACUACUGCAAUGUGCAAAGUCCUGGCAAAUGUUGCCACCUUUCCUGGCAGUGUUGCUAGCAGAGACGGAACUGACACUGAGCCGUCGAUCCUGAAUCCAUAUAGCGCAUGCUAAUAUGGAAAUCAUACCUGCGAUAUAGGGCAAUGCUGAGGCGGCCACAGCAUAUGUUGUAACACAAACUAGUGCCGUAUAGCCUUAAGACAGUGAUCUAAGUUAGUAACAUCACACGAAAUUGAUUCUUUGUGUUAUAUUUUUUUUGGAAUUGGCAAUUAUAUUGUGUCCAGUUAUAUAAUUAUAAAGUGUUUCUACUCUACA